AUGCCAUCUGUACGACUACAAAGCCGAAACAAAAAGACAAACUUGUUUGUCGCAAUCAAGGUGCUGAACCUCGAUGCCGACGACGAUAUCCUGGAUGUCCGGAAGGAAAUCAGCCUGCUUUCCAACUGCGACUCGGAGUACAUCACCCGAUAUCACGGCUCGUUUCUCAACGGUACCAAGCUGUGGGUCGUCAUGGACUAUGCUGGUGGCGGCUCAAUGAGGAGCAUUCUCAAGUCCGGGCCCAUCGAGGAGCCAUACAUUGCCGUGAUCGUCCGCGAAGUGCUGCAGGCCCUUAUCUAUCUGCACAAGCACGCCCAUAUCAUCCACCGCGAUAUUAAGGCCGCCAACAUCCUCCUCACCGACAACGGGUCUGUCAAGCUUUGCGACUUUGGUGUGGCCGGCCAAAUGAGCAAAGCGCAGAAACGCUACUCGUUCGUCGGGACGCCCUACUGGAUGGCGCCGGAAAUCAUUAUCCACAGCGCCUAUGGCUACAAGGCCGACAUCUGGUCUCUGGGCAUCACCAUCAUCGAGCUCGCAACCGGCAACCCUCCGUUCUCCGACCUGGACCCGCGCAGAGCCAUCUUCCAUAUCCCGCGGUCCAAUCCCCCCAAACUCGAAGAUCGUUUCACGCAGGCAAUUCGCGAAUUCAUCUCCUGUUGUUUGCAGCAGAACCCCGACGAUCGGCUGUCGGCCGAGGAUUUGUUUAACAGACUGUUCGUCAAGACCGCCAAGCCCACUUCGAUACUGCAAGAGCUUUUGAUCCGUCAUCGGUCGUGGACGGAAGCCAACAAAGAAACAGCAACGAUAUAUGAUCCGACGUAA